AAGUCGAUCGUUUAUUUUACGGCAUUCACACGUUUCGUGUCAUUAAGACUUAAAAAAUGCGUUACGUGGCCGCGUAUUUACUGGCUGUGCUCGGCGGAAAGGCUGCCCCCGCUGCUGCUGAUGUCGAGAAGAUCCUUAGCUCGGUGGGCAUCGAGGCUGAUGCUGAGAAACUGAAGAAGGUCAUCGCUGAACUCGAUGGAAAGAGCAUCGAUGAGCUGAUCGCACAAGGUCGCGAGAAGUUGUCGUCGAUGCCGUCGGGAGGCGCCGCGCCCGCCGCCGCCGCCGGCGCCGCGCCCGCCGCUGCCGCCGCCGAGGAGAAGAAGGAGGAGAAGGAAACCAAGAAGGAGGAGUCUGAAUCGGAAGAUGAGGACAUGGGCUUCGGUCUUUUUGACUAAUUUUAUACUAAAGAGUACGCGGUGUACGCGGUUGUUAUUCCAAUUUAUCGUGUAAGCGUAACUAAGAGCGAGUAUGUUUCUAUGAAAUAUAUCCUCUACAAAGUAU